AUAAAGUGACUCACAGACCCGAAAGACUGGGAUAACACACGUGUGGAAUAUGGUCGUCAAUAUACGUGUGUCAUUUACCCCAGUAACGAGAUGGUAGAUCCUGUCCACCUAGGCGAUCGCUGUCGGAGCAAACUAAUAUAAACAAUUAAUGGCGAAAAUAAAUGAGUACCUGGGUAGCGACUGUUGGGUAUCGUGUAAUUUCUAGCUCGAAGCCUCAAGCUCCAGACGUGGCUCCCUUUUUUGUUUAUACAUUUUCUACGUUUCCCUCCAUUCUUUUACGCUGCUUCAUCCAACCAAACACCAAAACAACUUCGCCAUGCACGUACCAAGUCUUGCUCUCUUGUGCUUUUGCACGCUUGCGGCCCUUGUUAGCGGCUCCCCCGGAGGAAGAUGGCCUAUCGGCCUAGGCAUGAGCAAAUACGUUUCUUCGUUCCUCGGAGGCGCGGUUAUAAAUAUAAACCAAACCGAAACCACAGGAAAAGAAGAUAAACUGCCCGCCAUACGCACUGUUUCAGCCGAGUGGAAUAUACCAUGGAGCAAGGCACCCGACAAUGCAGACCUCAGCAACCCCAACAACCGACAUUCUCUAGCACAGUGGGUCGGAAUUCUUGGGAACGACUGUGCUAAUAAGAACUGGUAUCCAUUUCUCCAGGCAGGGACGAAUGUCGAGAUGGACGAACAUGGCGCGACCGUUGCGGGCGCUUGGGUCGAGUGGUUUCCAGCCGGAGCCCACCCCAUCCCCAAGGAAGACUUCGCGGUCAGUCCCGGUGACCAAAUAAUCGUAGUAGUAAAUGUGUACACUCGCAUAUUGGGCCAUGUAUAUAUGAAGAACCUCCGCACCGGCCAAGAAUAUGCAGCGGAAGUGGAAGCAGACUCACCCGAGGACCCAAAGUUUCAGAUUUGCCUUGGCUCUGGUGUCGCUCAGUUCUUCCAGGAAUGGGACAUCGCGAAAGACAGAGCAGAUCUACCGAUCUUCAGUAAUGUUACAUUUUCUGGCAUGACAGCUAUAGAUCGACGUGGUGAAUUUUAUGAUCUCACUUCAGGAACGGAGGACUACUGGACCAUGAUCGAUGCGGGGAGGCAAGUUGCCAUACCGGAGGGAAUUGACAGCAAGAGUUUUGUAGUUUACUCCCCCCAGGGGAGGACAUGGAUUCCACGCAGCAGUCAAUAGCACUAGUCGAUAGUCCUUUACCCAACAGAUUUAAUAGUACACGGCUCUAUUAUCCAUUAGCAUCCAUAAUAUAUUUCUAGCGCUGGCGGCAAUGA